AUGGAUCCAGCAAAGAAGAAGCAAUAUCUCGCAGACAGCCCGCCAUCUGUCGUGCCUCUGGCUAUCAAGCCGCAUUUCGAAGCACUUGGCAAGACUGAGCAGCUCUAUUCGCACCACAUCAGUAGGGCUUGCUUCGCCGGUACUAGAGUUGUCCUCAGACAAGUGUCCCCCGAAUCUGAGCCUAUAUACGACUUCAUCCUGAGUCUGCACAAGCACUGCGAUGGCGACUACUCAAAGCUCAAGUCCGAGACUGGUCUUGAUGACCAAGAGAUGAACGACUGGUUGCACUAUGCUGCCCAAUUCCUUGGCAAUGCCGGAAACUACAAGUCGUUUGGUGACUCCAAGUUCAUCCCUCGUCUGGCACCAGAGAAGCUUGCCGCUCUUGGAAACAUCUCCAGUGCAUCCAAAUACUACGAACUCUGCAAAGAUGCUUUCUACGAGACCAAAGUCGAGGAUCUCAUGCAUCUUGGCUACCCACCUCAACAUCUUACGACUUACUACCCAGACUCUCCCGAGAUUACCAAGGACGAGAUUGCCGCUGUGGCAGACUUUGUCAAGGCGAAUGGAAAUCUGCUACCUGAGAACACCCGUCUGAAGAAGCUUCCAUCUGGAGACUUUGAACUUCUUAUCGCUUCUGCAGAGACUGACCCUGCCAAGUCCGACAGAGAUGUCCCAGAAUCUUCGUUCACACUGGAUGCUGAGUCUGUCAAGGACAAAAAGAUUACGCUGAAGUACGGAGAUCACUCCAAGGAGAUGGACAAGAUCGCCUCCUUCCUCGCUGAGGCCAAGAAGCACUCCGCCAACCAGUACCAGAGUGAUAUGCAUAGCGAGUACGUCAAGUCCUUCAAGACAGGAUCCAUGACCGCUCACGUUCAAUCACAACGCCACUGGAUCAAGGACAAAGGACCUGAUGUUGAGUCUAAUAUUGGCUUCAUCGAGACCUACCGUGACCCCCAUGGCAUCCGCGGAGAGUGGGAAGGCUUCGUUUCCAUGGUCAACAAGGAGCGCACCAAGGCUUUUGCUCACCUUGUUGCCGAAGCACCCAAGAAUAUCAAGAAGCUUCCCUGGCCCGCUGAGUUCGAGAAGACAUUCGUCGCCCCUGACUUCACCGCCCUUGAGGUUCUCACUUUCGCUGGAUCCGGCAUCCCUGCCGGUAUCAACAUUCCCAACUACGACAGUGUCCGUCAGGAUCCCGACGGUGGUUUCAAGAAUGUCAGUCUGUCAAAUGUUCUCUCAGCCAAGCCCCCAAACGAGAAAGUCCCCUUCAUCAAGGACGAGGAUAUGGAGGUGUAUCAGAAGUAUGCGGACAAGAGCUUUGAAGUUCAAGUUGGACUUCACGAGCUGCUCGGCCACGGCUGUGGAAAGAUCUUGCAAGAGACUUCGCCUGGAGUGUACAACUUUGAUCACAAGAACCCUCCGAUCUCUCCUGUCACGCAAAAACCGAUCACUUCCUACUACAAACCCGGUGAGACUUGGGGCUCUGUCUUCGGUGGCAUGGGUCCCAGCUACGAAGAAUGCCGUGCUGAAAGUGUAGCUAUGGCCUUGAUUCCAGAUUACAGUAUCCUUCAGAUCUUUGGUUUCGGAAAUGGCGAAGAGGACCUCUACGGAGAAGCUGGAAAUGUCCUUUACGUCGCAUAUUUGACAAUGGCACGCGCCGGUGUAGCUGCUCUUCAGUUCUACAAUGUCGAGGCUUCGAAGUGGGGCCAGGCGCAUAUGCAGGCCCGUCACGCCAUUCUCAAGGUCUUCCUUUCCGAGCCAGACUUCUGCAAGCUCGAGUACACCAAGGACGACCUCAGCGACUUGACCAUCAAGCUCGACAGAACCAAGAUUGCCACCCACGGUCGCCCCGCUGUUGAGAAGUUCCUGCAAAAGCUUCAAGUCUACAAGGCUACUGCAGAUCUCCAGGCCGGUAAGGAGUUGUACGAGGGUAUCACCAGUGUGGAUGAAUGGUUCGCUACCAAGGUCAGACCAGCUGUCUUGGCGGCAGCUCCCCCCCGUAAGGUCUUUGUUCAAGCAAACACUUUUAUCGAGGGUGAUAAGGUUGUUCUUAAGGAGUAUCCCGCCACUCCUGAGGGUCUGAUCCAGAGUUACGCUGAUCGUGAUUACAUCUGA